AUGACGAAUUUUCGAAAAUCCGUUACUUUCGUAAUUUUGAUAUUCUGCAAAUGCUACUGCGGAGUGCUGUCUGAAUCAACUCCAAAUGCCACACAAUCAACGCCAGAAGAAAGUACUGGAAUAAUAUCUUCAAGUGUUACAGUAACCCAUUCCACUUCUAACAAUUUCUCUACAGUACCCACCGAAACACCUCCAGAUGUUCAGAUCACAACAAAAAAAACAACAACAACAGAUGCAUCAACCAUCCUUCAAUCUGAAGAAUCAAAAACUACAAGUGUUCAGGAAUCCAAUGAUCUUUCGAAAACCUCAUCAACCAUUCCAACAACAAUAAAAACCGCUGCAAAGGAAAGUUUAAGAGAUUCUAGCACUUCAACAUUUGCUCCUUCGGAAUCUACAAAGUCCACAACAUUGACGAUUUCUUCAACAUCCAGUGGAGCUCCAGCCCUUUCAAAAUCUGGCUUCCCUCACCGACCUUCUCUUUUUCGCUGCCCAAAGUUAUUUCUGGAUGAAUAUGCUGUUUCUGGAUCUGGCGAAAAUGGUACUUGUGUUGAGCCCGAAGAUUGCAAGCAAGAUAAAUUUCAUAAAAGAAAGGACAUUCUUACGAAAUGUGUGCAAAAUGAAGAUCAGACGGAUUCUGGAUGCUGUUACAUGAGCACUAAAAGUCUUUGUUCUCAAGGAUCGGUAGGGGUCAAACUCGUAGAGUGUGAAACUUUGGACGACUGCAAUUUGGACGAUGAACAAUCACAGCGAUGGUGUGAUCCGGUUUCAAAGUUUUGUUGCCAAUUGGACAAUAAAAAAGAGCUCUUCUGUCCAGUUCGUCGUAUUCCUCUGAUGGGUGAAACUAAAUGUACUCAUGACAAGGGAAACAACACAUGGGUAUGUCCCAAUUCGGUCGGAUUUUGUGUAGAACAGCACUGUUGUCCACCUGGCAAUCAAAAUAUGAUGCCUGGAAAAAAGCCAUACGAAACGAAUAUCGACUGUACGGAUAGUACAGUAAUUUCCAAAACCUUAUUAUUUGGAUACUGUGAUCCACUAACUAAAAAAAUUUUCAUAAUGAGUGAGAAAAACUAUGAAGGACAGGAUAAUAAAAUGCUUGACGCUUUUUGUAUGAGUGGAAGAGAUUGUGGUCGAUCCUAUGGAACUGAAAAUGUUUGUGUGAGAACUUCAACUCAAACACCUCGAUGCUUCAUAAACCCGAGGAGCAAGUACCACUCUCCAGAGACGCGAUCUCUGUUCUGGGUAUCCACUGUGAGCUAUGUAACUCUUGGAACUUCAGUUCUCGCUCUUCUCUUCACAAUUCUACACAGAAUCUAUACAAUUGAUGACUCGUUUCCAGGGGAACGAUCUGUUUCAGAAGAGCAAUCUCAACCUUUGGUGUUGUCUGCGCAGUAG